GACUUUUAUCAUAGAAAUUGUUUACCCACAAUCCCUCACUACCGGAAGUACCGGGCAAGGGAAGGCCGGGGAAACGGUCCACCCAUUACCAUCGGGAGAACAUGGAUUGCUGCUAAAUUGUGGAUAUAUACGAUCACAACAAGAGUCGUGCCUAGGCGACUUACCCUGAGGAGUUUUUACUGGUGUAAAAUGUGUGACAACUAGCCCCAGUCUCCUGUGUUUGUCCAGCCUGCCAGUUCAUAUACCACAAGAUGGGAGGCUGGAGUGCGUUUGUGACCUGCUGUGUUUGGGCGAUUCUUCUCCUGGCUCUGUUUGGAGAUUCACUGGCUUCUACGCCUGAGUUUGAUCCCUACAAAGUUCUCGGAGUGUCCAGACAAGCCAGCCAGGCCGAAAUCAAGAAAGUCUACAAGAGGCUCGUGAGAGAAUGGCAUCCAGACAAAAACAAAAGUCCAGGGGCAGAGGACAUGUUUAUCAAGAUCACUAAAUCAUACGAGAUUCUUUCCAAUGAGGAGAGAAGGGCAAAUUAUGACCGGUUUGGUCAAAUGGACGAGAAUCAAAACUUUGCCCGAGCACCGCAGGGCUUCAGACAUUAUCAUGACAGCUUCUAUUUCGAUGAGUCGUUCUUUCACUUCCCUCGGACGAGUCGGGAUUUCACAGACAACAAGCACCUCCUUCACUACAACCAAUACAUCAAUGAAGUGCUGCCGGACAGUUUCAAGAGACCCUACCUGAUCAAAAUCACGUCAGAGUGGUGCUUCACCUGCAUCCAUAUUGAGCCCGUAUGGAAGGACACUGUGCAAGAGCUGGAGCCGUUGGGGGUUGGUAUUGGUGUGGUGGACAUUGGAUAUGAGAGACAGCUGGCUAACCAUCUUGGUGCCCACCGCACACCGUCCAUACUGGGUUUAAUCAAUGGCAAAGUCACUUUCUUCCACUACGCUGUGGUCAGGGAACACUUGAGACAGUUUGUGGAAAGCCUUCUGCCCCAGAAGCUGGUUGAGAAGGUGACAGAUAACAGCUACCUCGAGUUUUUAAACAGUUGGCAUGAGGAGAAUAAGCCAAGAGUGUUAUUGUUUGAUGUAGCAUCUAAUAUCCCUCUUUUGUCUAAGCUCACCGCGUUUGCCUAUAAAGACUAUGUACGGUUUGGCUAUGUGGACAUGGGCCUGACUGAGACAUCCAAAGUCGUACUGAGGUUCAACAUCAACACGUAUGCUCCCACCAUGCUCCUGUUCAAAGAGAACACAGACAAACCGGCUGAUGUUAUACAGGCAAGAGGGAUGAAAAAGCAGAUAAUUGAUGAGUUUGUGUCCAAUAAUCGUUUCCUGCUGGUGCCGCGACUGGUGAAUCAGAAACUAUUCGAUGAGCUGUGUCCAGUUAAGCAGUUCCACCGUCGCAGGAAGUACUGUGUUCUUCUCGUUACUGGUGAAGGGGAGCAGUUUGUGUCCGUGAACGAGGCGUUCUUUGACUUCGCUUCUUCCAACACUAAAGAAGUUCUCAGGUUUGCUUAUGUUUACCAGAGGCAACAGCAGCCUCUCUGUGACGCCCUGCUCAAAAAGGAGGACACAACCCCUCCACAGGUGAUUGUCCUGGAGAGACGCAGCGCUACAGGAAGGGUGUUGUAUCGGACAGUGACAGGUGGAUGGAAUGGGAGUGAUGAUGAUAAGCUCCGCCUCCACAAGCUGCUUGAGAUUCUGCAAAGAGACCCCUCCUACCUUACCCAUGAUGCCAUGCUGCCCGAACUCAACAAUGAGUUUGCCUCUAUGUUUCUGAUUCAGUGGAUAAAUACUGCAUAUGAUUACAUCGCUCAAUUUUACUUUGAUCUUCUCUACUCUAACUGGCGUGAGAUGAUGCCCGUACUGUCUCUGAUCUUCUCUGCUCUUUUCAUCCUAUUUGGAACUGUAAUCAUUCAGGCCUUCAGCGACGCUGGGGAAGACAAACCAGCCAAACAAAAGGCCACUGAUCCACCAAAGACAGCAGAGAGCUCUCCAGGACAAGAGAGCACUUCAAGUCGUCCACCGAAGAAGAAUUUUGUGGAGGUGACGGAGCUGACGGACAUCACUUACAUGAGUAAUCUAGUCAGGUUAAAGCCUGGUCACAUCAACGUCGUGUUGAUCCUCACUGAUGCUUCUAAACAAGUACUGCUCAGGAAGUUUGCCAAAGAAGUGUAUUCGUUCUCAGGGUCUCAGACUCUUCACUACUCCUUUUUAAAUGUGGACAAGCACAGCCAAUGGAUGGAUUCCCUCAUGGAGUCUGCUCCUGACGCCAGACCGUCAGACUGCUUGGACGAAGAGGAAGAAGAGGAGGACUCCGCCUCCAACAAAUCGGACUACACUGGCCACGUCCUGGCGCUCAACGGCCACAAGAAAUACUUCUGCUUAUUCAGACCGGUCUUCACCGGGGAGGAAGCCGAAUGUAGUAGGUGGUCCGACGAGGAUGCGGCGACGGCCGCUCCAAGCAAAGCCUCGAGGUCCCGGUCAAGUUCCCGACAGAAGGCCACCACUCUAGAGAUCCACCACAAACUGGACCGACUGGGUCUGUGGAUGGAGAGGCUUAUGGAGGGAACUCUACCACGGCACUAUGUUCCGGCCUGGCCCGGUCUGGACACCAUAACACCACAGAAAUAAGACUCGCCUUUGUCCUCAGGCCCACUGCAGUAGUGACGUGAAAAGUGUUGAAUUCUCAACAUCUUUUCGAUCCAAAUUACUCGGUUACUUUAAAAGAUAUUAAGUUAUUCUGUAAAGCGCACUGGUGAUGAGUAGAGGUUCUCGUUAUUUAGAGCACCAUGUGCUCGUCGGCUGCUUUAGGGGCAAAACUCCUUUCCAUCUGUAACGUACACUGUCUUUUUGUUAGUAUGGUUGUUUCAUUACUGUAUGGAUGCCAGUGCCCAGAUAAAGCCUCUCUGUGUAGCUUCUGACAGGGCUAUCGUGUCUUUACACUGCUGGGUAUGUGGUGGCUACAGCCCACCCUUAUAAUUUCAUCCAAGUUCCUGUGAAUUCAAGCAACGGGCAACGGAUUUCAGAAGCAGCUCGUUUUGAGAUUACCUUUCUGCCUUUUUUUCCAGUCAGUCACAAUGUGGAUGAUAGUGUGUGUGUGUGUGUACAAGGUUUAGUCAUCCUACUCUCCUUAUGCAAAAACUCCCAAGUACAAAUUUACUAAACCGUGCUGCAUGAAAAAUCACAUUAAGACUUGAGAAGAUACUUAGAUUUUACUGCCAUUUGUGCAUGUGCUGCCUUUCCAUCAUUUGUGUCAUGUUUUGCACUUUGACAACUUGCUUAGGAUUCUUUGAUUCAUAAAUGUAAUAUUUAAAUAGAGGUUCUAACUGCAUUUGAAUUAUCACUAAAACUUAAGGUUAAGAAUGUCUGUAGAUCAUCAGUUGCCAUUUUCUUUUAGGAAAAUGACUAUUUUUACGUUGCACUUUUUUGUGGUUGAUUUAUAUGUGCAUUGUUUAAAAAUAAUAAAGUUUGUACUGUAGCGA